AUGAGUAUAAAAAGUUAUAAAAAGAAGUCAAAUAAAUCUAAAUUAGAAAAUAGUAAUACAAAUUCAGAAUUAAAUGAUAAUGAAAAUAUAGCUACUAAACAGAAAGCAAGAUCUAAUAGCAAUAGUUCAGAAUCAAAGAACAAUAAA